AUGGUGCAGGAGCAGUGGUCCUGGGUGGUGCAGGAGCAGUGGUCCUGGAUGGUGCAGGAGCAAUGGUCCUGGGUGGUGCAGGAGCAGUGGUCCUGGGUGGUGCAGGAGCAGUGGUCCAGGAUGGUGCAGGAGCAAUGGGCCUGGGUGGUGCAGGAGCAGUGGUCCUGGGUGGUGCAGGAGCAGUGGUCCUGGAUGGUGCAGGAGCAGUGGUCCUGGAUGGUGCAGGAGCAGUGGUCCUGGAUGGUGCAGGAGCAGUGGUCCUGGGUGGUGCAGGAGCAGAGGUCCUGGAUGGUGCAGGAGCAGAGGUCCUGGAUGGUGCAGGAGCAGAGGUCCUGGAUGGUGCAGGAGCAGUGGUCCUGGAUGGUGCAGGAGCAGUGGUCCUGGGUGGUGCAGGAGCAGUGGUCCUGGGUGGUGCAGGAGCAGAGGAGCAGAGUGGAAUACUUCUCAGUCACCACUCUUCCAAAAGAGUGUGACUGA